AUGGCCAAGAUUGAGUUUGGCAAACAUCCUCAGUGGACUUGGUACAAAAAUCGUUUUAGAAGGUUGGCUACUUGGCAUGCCAACUGGGCUAUUAUGGGGGACCGGGCGUACAAUGUAUCAGAUCGUUCGGAGGUCCUGGGAGAAAUGAAAGGAUUGAGCAUAUACACACCAGCGGAAGACAACUGA